AUGAAUCGGGCGAUUCUGGACGGCCUCAAGAGGAGGAUCUCGAGCAUGCACGGAGCCUGGGUGGACGAGCUCCCUAGUGUCUUAUGGGCAAUGUGGAUGACUCUCAAAACCGCCUUAGGGGAGUCUCCGUUUAGCCUGCCGUUCGGGACUGAAGCGGUUCUUUCGCCUGAGAUGGUGUUCUCGACCCUGCGCACCUCCAACUACGAACAAGAAGGCUCCGAGAAGGGCCUGCGUGCUAACCUCGACCUCCUCAAAGAAAGAAGAGACAAGGCACAUCUACAUACCUUGGCGUACAAGAAGGCAACGACUCGGAUAUACAACCGCAAAGUUCGUCCGUGGCCGAUCAAGGUCAGGGACCUCGUCCUCUGA